UGUCACGAAAGUUAUUUACUUGACAAAGAAAGAAUGGAGGAGCAAACGUUUGAUAGCUCAAAACUUCACGAUUUCCUUAAAAAAAAUCUGGUGGAUUUUCCUGAAGGCGAUGGGGAACUAAAGAUUUUCAAAUUCAGGUCGACGUUGAGCAUAGAAUCAUGUCCGCUCUUGGAGAGGCCUCUUUUCCGGUGCCGAAAAUGUACCUCUUUUGUGAGGACAAGUCAAUUAUGGGCCAGGAAUUUUACGUCAUGGAGUACAUCAAGGGUCGUCAGUUCCCGGAUGCCAAUUUACCCGGCGUCCCUGCGGACCAGACAAAAGCCAUUUUUGAAGCUGCGAUACGCGCCUUAGCGCAACUUCAGUCUCUGGAUACGGAUCAGCUUAACUUAGAAGGAAUCGGUGACAAAGAAGACGUCUUAAAACAGAGGAUGGAUAUGCUGUUUGAAGCUUACAAAAAGACAGUAAGGAAGUCCAAUCCUAAAGCUCAUCGAUUAAUGGAGUGGCUGAGAGACAAAAAACCCAACGAUGGCGAGAAACCUGUCAUCCAUCACGAAGAUUUCAGAAUUUCAAAUAUACUUUGGCACCCAAAUGAGCCUCAGGCGCUGGCCGUGAUAGACUGGGAAGGGGCAUGCUGGGGGCAUCCAUUUGAGGACCUGGCAUAUUUCUGUUUUCCGUUCCAUUUUCCCGCUGCGUUGGAAUUUAUGCCUGCUGGAAAGAUUGGUUAUUACUCAGAGGGGAUACCUAGUGAAGAGGCAUUGCUGUCUUUGUACUGUGAUCUCACUGGAAACGGUCUUCCUCUACCAAACUGGAAAUUCUUCUUGGGACUUGUGUUUUUUCGGGUCAUCGUAAAUAUUCAGACGGUUGUUUCUCAAGUGAGCGAUGGUGGCGGCGAGUUUCCACUCACUAUCAAGAGCAUGUCUGAUUUGUUAGAGCCUCUUGUAGAACAUGCAUGCACAAUUGUUGGGCUCCAGUGAUAAGAUAAAAACUCUUCUCUUUCAAGAAAACGCGUUUGCAUGUUAUUAAAAGUAGCGGAAACCUUGUCAUGUUUGGUUUCAUUAUUCCCCCUUAUUAUAUUUAUUGUCGAAACAAGACGCUACAUAUCUGAGGGCCCUAAGUGCAAAAAUAAAACUGAGAUUUGUUUCUCUUUUACAUCAAGUAAUCACUCAGAAAAUCAGAUGUUUAUUUUUUUUUGUUUUGAACAAUCAUUUCAAGUCUGGAAAAAAUCACAACUUUUCAAUCUAAAACAUCUUUAUUGGAAAAUUUAAGUUUUUUUUCGGUUAUAAAAUAGAGCAAAAAGGAUUGAGAAGACUCUAUUUAAAUCCUUCUCAAUUUUUAGGAUAUUCAUAAGACCUGAAAUGUCUUUUAUAAGCUACUUUUUAGCGGUAUUUAUUUAAUAUAAAAGAAAACCAGAUCCUGCUGGUUACGUUCGGUUUUCCAUCAUUGGAUAAUUACAAAAGGAAUAUUUUGGCCUAAAUUUACUGCAAAAGCUUUUUCUCGUUACUGGUAUACGGUUGGUUUAGCUAUGCUAUUUAUUUCAAUUUUAAAUUUCGUUUUCCUAAAUUUGUCAUCAUAACUCUAGACAAGAGAUUAUAAUCUCUUGCUCUGGUAUAUAAUUUUCUCGUGCGAUGGUAGUGGUAUCGAUAAUUAUGAUAAUAAUGAUAAUAUUUCAACAUGAGAGUGAUCUUCGCAGUAACGAACACUUCGUUAGCAGUGGUAAAAAUAAAGCCUGAAAAGAAAAAUUUCAAGCCUGUAUGCGGGAAUUGAACCCAUGACCUCUAUGAUACUGGUAUAGUGUUGUAUCACUAAGUUAACAAGCCAACUGAGAGCUAGUCAUUUUGUAGGUUCGUAAUAAACCCGUGAAGUAAUGACUAAAGUUAUUGCUGAAAAUUAACACUAGCGUCACUCCCAAUUAAAUUGGGAUUCAUAACUGUUUGUCUAACAUCUGCCUCUUUAGCGCCGAAAAAUAAAGAGAAAUUGAAAUUAAAUGCUGUGUAAUACGAAUUGUUUAUGGCAGAUGCUGGGGUCUGAUUGGCCACGCUACUCGCAAUCUAUUCGCUGGUAGCUACUGAGCAAAGAAAGGAGCUUAAACAAAACCGAAUUAAAAAACGAGAUCAGCCUGUUUAGUUGUUAAGCUUCGAACGACUAGUAUAAUUAUACUACAU